AUGCCUCGUGGUCGCAAAAGUAAGCUCCGUGCUCGUGAAAAACGCCGUCAGGCCCGGUAUGAAAAACAGAAUUCCAGGGGUGCUGAGGACAUUGCAGCAGAGGAGGAGGGAUGGUCUUCAUCCUCCUCCUCUUUUUCUCUUUUCGCGGAUUCUCCCCCGACCUCGCCUCUUCCUGAGGCAGAAAUAGCCUCAUCCAUCAGUGCAGCUUCUGCAAGUGCCUCAUGGAGAGGGUCUGAUGAAGGUGCCACCAUGCAAGAUGAAGCGCGCCCAAGUACCUCACAGGCCUCAGCCACCUCGGAUCGUUCACGCAGGACCCCUCUGGAUCAGAAGGCAAUUAUGUUGGUCCAGUUCAUGCUGCGCAAGUAUAAUAUGAAAGAAAUCAUAACGAAGGAAGACAUGCUGAAGUACGUCAUCCAAAAGCACAGGGAUCACUUCGACGAGGUCCUCAAAAGAGCCUCUGAGCUCCUGGUGCUGGCCUUUGGCAUCGAUGUGAUGGAAGUCGACCCCAUCAACCACUGCUAUGCCCUCAUCAGCAAGUUUAAGUUCACCCCCGACAGGAGCCAGAGUGGUGAGGAGGUUAUGCCCAAGACCGGGCUCCUGAUGACCGUCCUGUGUGUGAUUUUCAUGAGAGGCAACUGCGCUACUGAGGAAGACAUCUGGGAAGUGCUGAAUGUAAUGGGCAUAUAUGCAGACCAGGAGCACUUCAUCUAUGGGGAGCCCAGGAAGCUCAUCACUGAAGAUUUCGUGCAAGAAAACUACCUAGAGUACCGGCAGGUACAUGGCAGUAAUCCCCCACGCUACAAUGUACUGUGGGGUCCCAGAGCCCAUGCUGAAACCUCCAAGAUGAAAGUCCUUGAGUUUUUGGCCAAGAUUCAUGAUACCGUUCCCAGUGCCUUCCCAUCCUGGUAUGAUGAGGCUUUGAGAGAGGAAGAAGAGAGAGCCCGAAUGAGAUUUGCAGCUCUAGCUCGCACAAAUGCCCAUCCCAAUAUAUCCGGUGACAGGGAAUAG